AACUCAAAGACACAAAAAAGCGGAACUAAAGAAGGCUGCACAAAAUACUCGACCUAUCACUGCAUACUUACCCCUACCUUAAUAUCUUCUAACGUUGCCUCGGCUUCGACUUCUACUUUUGGAUUGUCAACAGAAUUAUAUACGCCAACUGAAGUAGAAUCAAUAGGAAGUGAAUCAAUGGAGGUGGAAUCAAUUGAGGUAGAAUUGGUAGAAUCAAUGGAGGUAGAAUUAGUGGAAUCAAUGGAGGCAGAAUUGGUAGAAUCAAUGGAGACAGAAUUGGUGGAAUCAAUAGAGACAGAAUUAGUGGAAUCAUUGGAGGCGGAAUUGGUGGAAUCAAUGGAGGUAGAAUUG